AACCUACCAACCACAAAAGGCCCUUUGUAACCAUUGAGCAACCCCAAAUCGCAGUUUCUCUUAUUUUUCCUCUCCUUCUUGUGAUCUUAUCAUAUCAUUUCCUUUGAUCAUCACACCAAUAACUUUUUUUUUGUCCUUCCAAAGAAAAAACAUAGGAACGUUGCAUGGACCAGAGAGCAAAACCGGGUAAAGCUUUGUCCUCAUGAACACCCAAAGUAGAAUCAUCCUCAUCCGUUCAAUCAUUAGUCAUCAUGGUUCGAGUCUACAGCUACUUCUCUUUCUCGUGCUCUUCUCUAGCCAAGCUUCAGCUGAAACUCACAACGGUUCAGAUAUGUAUGGAGAAAGCUCUCGGUUCGACCCAACCAUGGCAAUACUCAUGAUCGUCCUCGUCAGCGUCUUCUUUGCUCUCGGGUUUUUCUCCAUCUAUAUCCGUAGGUGUCUUGAACGAUGCAUGGGGAGCAACAACCAACACCCCCUCGACCUCGGUGGAAACUGGCUUUCCCUGAACCGUCCACAGGCGCGUGGACUCGACGCGUCGGUCAUCGAGACUUUUCCUAUGUUCCGUUACUCAACGGUGAAGACGCUCAAGAUCGGUAAAGAGGCCCUUGAGUGUCCUGUUUGCUUAAACGAGUUCGAAGACGAUGAAACGUUGCGUUUGCUUCCUAAAUGUUGCCACGUGUUCCAUCCUGGUUGUGUAGACGCUUGGCUCCGGUCUCAUGCCACAUGUCCUCUCUGCCGCGCUAGUCUCGUCCCUGUACCGGGCGAACCGGUUGUUUCUGUCCAGAUACCCGGUUUAGCCCACGACGCUCCCCGCUCUGGUUUAACCGGUGACAGCACUACGGUUUUGAGUUCUCCGGAUGUGAGGUUGAUUGACUCGGUGGCGUUGACAGGUAACCAGAGUAUGUCACGUAGGUCUCUGUCUACCGGAAGGAAUUUAACCGGUUUUGAUUGGACCGGUCAACAUGUGGAGAAUCUAGACCGGUUCACGCUUAGGUUACCGCUAAACAUGCACAAUAAGCUAGUGGACCCAAGUCUUUCAAAAAGCCACGUAGAGUUACCUCAGGUGAUGAGUCCAACGAGUGGGUACCGAACCGGUGGUUUAGAGACAGAUCGAAACUAUUUCUACUAUGAACGGUUUGAUGACCAAGAUGGCCGGUUCGACCGUAGACCAUUCUCCAUAACACCUCCUUUCCGGACAUGUUCGAUUAAUACGUCUCCAUGUGGCGGUGGUGAUCAGGUGCGUGCGAGUACACCUAAGAGUCUGCUUCUAGCGAUGAAGUCACCGUUUGAUAGGUUGUUUCUCGGAAAGAGCAACAAUGGUGAACGUUCACUAAACAACAAUAUCGGUGAACGUUCCUCGGAUCACCUUCGCUCCAGCGAUGCUAGUAGCCCUGUGUAGACCAAUUUGUUUAAUUGGUUAUUUGAGAAAGUUUUAACUUUGUACAUAUUUCGUUUUUAUUCUCGCAUUCUGCAUUUUCAGUUUUAAUGUAAUUAUGGAACGAAGUACGCUACGUUCUUUGUUUUCUUUCUGGGGUCUACUAUUUAAAAAGAAAUAAAACAAUUCGUCAGCAAUUACAAUACAAAAUAUAAUUAGUAUUUGGUCA